AUGAUCAUUAGUCGCCCCGCUACCCUGUCUGAUAUCCCACAAGUUCGGGAUAUCAACCACUGGUACAUUGUUAACAGCUGUUCCACUUUUGCGACUACCCCACCACCGAUAUCUUACUAUGAGGACAUCCUUCGGGACUUGAUGAGGCGAAACCUACCAUUUUAUGUGAUAGUGUCUGACACACGGAAGACACCAGAUGGGGCAGAUUUAAUUCUUGGCUACGCUUACUUGUCACCUUUCCGUGGUCAUUUGCUGUCCUACGCACCGACCGUGGAACUGUCCAUCUUCAUGCGCCAGGACCAAAGGCAAUUUGGCUACGGGACCCUUAUUCUUAGAAAGCUCUUGCGUUUGGUGCAGGAGGGUGAAGUUGAGCACCGCUGCGAAGAGAGAGUGGGCGAUGAUCCACGGAUCGGGUUUGGUAGCUCCAUGGGCGUCAUGAAGACUUCUCUUGUUCAGAAUGUCAUUGCGAUCAUACCCUAUGAUACUGAGGCUCCAGCUGACGGAGAGAUUCUGACGCGAUGGUGCAUGCAGUGGGGAUUUGUCGAGAAAGGGCACUUGGAGAAUGUUGGUAGAAAGAUGAGUCGUUGGAUUGACACUGUCUAUCUUCAGUGGACAGUUCCAGAGCAAACGGAUUAG